GGGCUGGUCGGUCUGUUGAGGGGCCGGCGCGGCCAGCAGGGGCACGCGGCGGCCGCGGCCCAGGACGGGGAUGGGGACGGUGCCGCCGCCGCCGCCGCCGCCGCUGCUGUCAUUGCACCGGACGAGGGGCAUGCACAACAGCAGCAGCAGCAGGCGGCGCCCGCGCCGCAGCCGGCCGCGCCGGCGCGCGAGUGGGAAGAGCGCUGCGCGGGCGCGGCGCGGCUGCUCGUGCACGCGGCGGCGGCCGGCGCGCCGUUCCGCCUGCUCGCGGCCCCCGGCCCGCCAUUUGCCGGAGGCUUGGACUCUUCAGAUGCUUCCGCUGAAUAUGAUGGCUUUUUGGAUGGGGGCGGGGCCGACCCAUAUGGGGAGGGUGUCGUUGCGGAUUUGUCGACUCUGCGGGCGCUGCUGCUGCCGUGCGCCGCGUGA